AUGAAAACCCCGGAGACAUUCAAAAGGCAACCACAGUCUGGUCAGGCCACACACGCCGUCGUCUGGAUGGAUGUGGACCUCGCAGGGGCUCCGUCCGGGUUCAUUGACUCCGCUCCAACCUGGCUCACUGAUGCUGGGGAGAGAUUCUCUUUCCAUCCUCAAGGCAAAGGGUGGAUGGAGGGUUUAGGCAAAGGAGGUGUCUCUGGUGCUGAGCACGAUCGUCCCUCCUCUAUCCACAGAGAUCAGUCUGGUCCACUUGCUAUUGAAACGAAGCCCAGCUCCCCAGGAGAUGAGGCAAAGUCAGGCGCUCCAGAAACCAAAACGAAGACUGGUCCUCCAAGUGGCGACAGAACUGAGCCUGCACCCACCAACCAGGCGAAGCCUACUGCAUCAGAAGCGAAACCAAAGCCGCCUCUGCCGAGCGUCAAUGAGACCACGACAAAGCCUGGCCCUUCGAAAGAGGGCGCUGUUCCUCCGAGCGGUAGCGCUGCGCCCACGGCGCCCAAAUCGAAGCCCGCCCCUGCGACGCAGCCCAAAUCGAAGCCUGCUCCUGCGCCGCCCACAGCAAAGUCUACUCCUGCGCCGCAGUCCACACCAAAGUCUGCUCCUCCGAGCGGUAGGACCAAGUCCAGUCCAUCUACCAAUACGGCUAAGCCCGGCUUUAACAAGCCUGACGACCGAGAUACUGUUUCCGAUGACAGGGAUCAGUCCGCUCCUCGGCCCAGCCCAACCAACUCCCGAACGGAUGAGCAGCAGCAUUAG